UAUUAGUACAUUACAAAUAGUUUUAACUGGAUUCUUCCCCAUUCUUAUCAACAUUACUAGUCAAUAAAUGUGUCAAUGUUUUCAAUAGUUUCACCUUGUAGCUGAUAUGAAAGAUGUUACAAGUUGAGAUUUGUCCCCUUGAAGAACAAUGGGGUGUGCGGUUUCUGUCUACGUGGUUGGAAAAAAGAAGAAUAAGAAGAGUGCUAUCCCUGAGGUCAGCAUAUUUGCCCCGUCAAUGCGAGUUCCUGUUCAAUGUGAUCUACAGAGUACACUCAAGGGUGUGAUUCCUAACGAUCUUGCUGAUAGACUAACUUCUAUAAGGAACCAGAUUGUGCUGAUCGCAUAAGAUACAAAUGUUUCUGCUAUUGAUGAAUUACAACAAGCGCUCGAGGAGUAUUUGCCUCUUCUUGUUGGCCUCACUAGAAAAGAAUUCGGGCUUCAAGAAUUGAUUGGAUUUAAGUGGAGGAACUUGGAAAAUGGGCAAGAGGAAAUAUCUGUAGCAAACUCCUGGUUUGAACUACUGUCUGUCCUCCACAUGAUGGCAAUGUUAACAUUAGUAGAGGCAAAUAUGAAGUUGAUACCGAAAGACAGUCACAUGACUGAACGGGUUGUAUCCGGAGAUUGCAUGAGGGAUGUGGUUGAUUUGCUGCUGAAAGCAGCAGGUUAUUUGGAUUUCUGUGUCCAAGAUGUUCUUGUCCACCUACCUCCUGAUGUUAAGAACAGGUUACCUAAAGAUCUGCAUCAGGGUAUUCUUGAAGCCACCUCAAACCAAGCACUAGCCCAGGGAACCGAAAUUCAAUUAGGUUUGGCUCUUGAAAGUCAGAAUGCGACUUUAUCAGUGAAGAGGAGACUGGCUUGUGAAGCAGUAAGCUACUAUGGCCAGCUCUUUCUUUGCUUGUCUGGAGAUAAUAAUUUCCAUGGAACAGCGAAAAAGCAUAUGUCGUUCAUCAAAUGGAAGUACCUCGAAGCAAAGGCGACUUACUACUACCAUGGUAUAAUCGUUGACAAGGGCACAGAACCUUCCUGCCACGUCAGUGCAGUACUUUGUUUCCUCGCAGCUGAAGAACUACUUGCAGAGAGUAAAAAGGCCUCCUUAAGUUUUUGCCUUGCAGAACCUGUCACCAGAACUCCUCCAGCAUGGGGUGUUAUGAAACAUUUGAACAAAAAAGUCCCCGAAACUGCUGCCAAGAAGUCUCAGAUGUAUGGCUACCUUUUGGACCAAGAAAAAGAUCUUCAAGUACUGCCAGAUCUUCCAGAAUUCCAGUUGUCGCUCAAACCUGACGACUAUACAUUGCCAGAAGCAGAUUCAACAUGGAAUAGUGAAAAGUGGGAUAUUCCUGGACAAAGCCUCAAAGAACAUCUCAAAGAUUGUGAAGACGGGGUGGAAACUGAAUUAUACAUUCGGCAUUAAUGUUGUCUUGUCUUCAAAUAUUUGUACAUUUUCUUAGCUAUAGAAGUGUUGUGCGGAUCUGCUUGCAAGGCUCAAAUAACUUGAAUCUGCUUAAAGACAAUGUCAAUUAAGAGAUAGUAUAUCGCGGAUGCCCAUUCUUUGGAACAUCAAUACAAGAAGAUUGACAUGCGAUCAAUCCUCUUACGUAUUAUGCACUAAAAGGUUAGGAUGCGUUAAUUCCGGUUUCUAUUUCCUUUUCAGAAAUGGCGCUUUGUUUAUCACUCCAUGGAUUGUUAGCCAUAAGAAAUUAAUGUUCUGGUCUGUAGUUUCCAUGGACCUUGUCUAAAUCAACAAGUUCCGUUUUGCCA